AUGUCAAAGAAAAUACACGAGGAUGGCUUAGACUCAGGCGGUCAUGUGGAUGUUGAUCCGUCCGGCCAACCCGAGGACCCCGAGCUACUGAUCCUAGUUGUGAAGGAAGUCUUUCACCACCUUUGGUGUGGAAGAUGGUAUCCCUACGUCAAGCCAGCGUACGGUCUCGAAUGGUGGGAGAUCGUUUUUCCACUUCCCGAGACAAACCAGACGAUCAAUUCCGACACUGGCGAAAAAUUGCCGGAUUUUCACCUGCUCAUGGAAAUGAUGCAGGAUGACAUAUCUGCCAAAAGAAUAGGCUUCGCUAUAGCGGGACUGGUCGUUUUGACGAACGAAGACUUGAAGAAAUGCGCCGAAUCCUAUGUCGACGACAGGGGCGGCAACCGUCUCGCCAUUUCCGAGUCGCACUUGAAAAGAUGGAUACGCACGAUGGGGAUAAUGGUGGAUAUCCUGCGCAAGCCCUGUUUUUUCGCGUACGAGGCCUUCCAAAUUAUUUGGAAACGACUCGACAUUGCCAGAGACGACGAUGGUAGACGGGCACCUUGUGUUGACAAAAAAGAUGUGCUAAGGAUCUUGAGUAACGGUACCUCUGGAUGUGGGUGGGACGAGACGGGAGGAAGAUUCAGUCUUCUCAAAGCGGGCUUUCAGGAGUUUAUGGACGAAUCUCAGGAGACAUGGAUAGGAAAGGGGCGGGAUCGUGAGUUGACAUUAUUCUAUGUUGAUUAG